AGUUUAGGUGAAUAUCCAUGGAACUACACGUCUGGCCGGCAGAUUUCGGUCUGCCCUCGAUUGAUGUCAGCUGCCUGCAAUUUUUGGCUUGUGCCAAAAUGUGCGCCAGUCCUGUUUCAGUAGUAUACUCUUCAAGUCCAUGGAACUCACCAACUGGAGAGUAUCCAGUCAUGGUCGACACUUCAACCCAGUCAAAACCGAUAAUUGAUUUUGACAAGUUUGUAGAGGUACUGCGAAAGAGUGGGCAGGAAGUGGUGAUCGAUGCUGAACUGACAGCUUCUGAAAAGUCGCAGAUUGACGCUUUUAGCUGCUACUUACAACAGUACCUCAAUCCCGCUGUGUUGUACACAUUCUGGUUGGAUGACUUGAACUACAGUACUGUGACACACCAUUGGUACUCCUCUCGUCUAUCGUUCCCAUACAAUAUGUACUAUCUGGAAAAACACAGAAAGCGCGUACAACGGUUUCUUUCUGAAAAGACGGUCACAGUGAUAAUGAAGGAUGGAUUAGAGGCUUUGAACAUGCUUUCUGCGAAGCUUGGUGACAACAAGUUCUUCUGUGGUAACAAACCGAGCUCUUUGGAUGCUCUUGUUUUCGGCUAUUUGGCGCCACUUCUGCGCUUACCCCUUCCGAAUGAUAGGUUACAGCUGCACUUGAGAGCAUGCCCAAACCUGGUACGCUUUGUGGAACAAGUUGCUUCAAUCUAUCUGCCUCCAUCCGAAGAACAACUGCGGAGACAAAAAGCAGAAAGAAAAAUGUGGGAGAAUCGUUUACAGAAGGCUGAGAAGGCUAAAGAGGCAGAAAAGGCCGCCUCGGCGGAAGCCAGCCAGCCGCAGGAUGACUUGCCAUUGCGUGACACUAUUUUAUUUGGACUGGGAGCAAUCACUCUUUCCCUAUUAUUCGCUGUUCAUUCCGGCAUCAUUCAAGUUGUCGUGGAAGAGGAUGAACAAGCUAUUCCAGAGUGAAAACAUGAGAACGCAUGAGAGUCACUAGAUCAUCUAUAGGUUUAAAGCGGAAUUUUUAGUAGUUUCUGCCUCUUUUGAGAGGUCUGAAUAAAAAUUAGUGGCUGAUGCGUUGAGUAACCAUCCAUUGCACCUGUACUGUGUAUAGAUCAGAUUCAAUAUUGUUCUCUGUGAAAGCAGCAGCUUCGUUUGAGAAUAAAAGUGGAC